GUAAUGAGAGAUCCAAACACCAAGCGCUCCAGGGGCUUUGGCUUCUUCACAUAUGCCACUGUGGAGGAGGCAGACGCAGCCAUGGGUGCAAGGCCACACAAAGUGGAUGGAAGAGUCGUGGAACCAAAGAGAGCUGUCUCGAGAAAAUUCUCAAAGACCAGAGUGAAGCAGGAGUUCCAGCCCAUCCUGCUGGGUUACCACUGUGGCAACUGGUACAUGCAACAGCCCAGCUCUUACCUUCUUUCUGGCUACAGCUACAGCUGUGCAGUGGAUAGAAAUGGACAGAACUGUUUUUCUGCACGUGAGACCCCUCAACACACAGCUGGAACUUUGGUUAUGCCUAAGGAAACCACAGCUUUAGCUGAAAACCAAGAUGAAGACCCACUAGAAGAUCCACAUCUUCAUUUGAAUAUUGAGGAAUCAAACCAAGAGUUUAUGGUGAAAAGUGAAGAACUCUACGACUCCCUCAUGAAUUGCCACUGGCAGCCGCUGGAUACAGUUUACUCAGAAAUUCCAGAUGACACCCCAAAGUGAAGCAAGAUGUUCAUUAAGCUCCCCAGUUAUCAUAUUAAUUGUGUCUUCUUUUGUUUAGGGAAAAAAGUAGUUCUCCCAGGAAGGUACUGGAUUCUGUAUAUGAAAACUAGCACCCAGGGCUUACAUGUGAUUGACAUAAGAGAACAUUAAUGUAAAUAAACUUCACCAGCACAUCUGUUCCUGGAAGUGUGUUAUAUUAGGUAAGUGUCAGAAGAGCUCAUGUGGUAAUCAUGGUAGAACAAGCUGUGCUACAAAACCCUUGGAAAAUAGGUUUAAUAUGAGGUGGGUUUGAGCUGAACUGAUUGUGGCAUUGCCUACUGUGAUAUGAUUUGCUGCUUUCUGUAACUUCAAACUCUCUUAGAAAUUAUAUCCAUAGGCAAUGUAAGGUUCCUUGCUUCUGUCUUGUCUAGAAAAUGUUAGUUAGAACUGGAUGCUUGAUCUCCAUUUCCUGGCCCCAUGAGAGAGAGCUAGAGGUGGUGGUAGAGACUCAGUUGAACAGAAAGAUUCCUAAGCAUCAGGCUGGGCGUGGUGGCUCACACCUGUAAUUCCAGCACUUUGGGAGGCUGAGGCGGGAGGAUCAGCUGAGGUUGGGAGAUCGAUAUCAGCCUGACCAACAUGGAGAAACCCUGUCUUUACUAAAAAUACAAAAAUUAGCUGGGUAUGGUGGCACAUGCCUAUAAUCCCAACUACUCAGGAGGCUGGGGCAGGAGAAUCGCUUGAACCCAGGAGGCAGAGGUUGAAGUGAGCUGAGAUUGUACCAUUGCACACCAGCUUGGGCAACAAAGUGAAAUUCUGUCUCAAAAACAACAAAAACAAAACAACAAAAAAGCGUGGAAAAGGUUUGCUCGAUCCAAACAACCUGUCAAGUUUCUAAGAUAGAGGAAUUAGGCCCUCAUAAAAGCCAGCCAAUGUGUAUAUUGACUGUGUUCCUUAUAAGAUUUUUUUUUUUUGUCCUGAAAUAAUCAUUGUGUUUUGAUUCUUAAGUGACCCUAGGGACUGAUCUGAGUUGACCACUAGAAGGCUGAUUGCUUAGAAGGAAGUUGAUCAGACUGUGGGCAAAGGCAAUCUGACAUCUCUUCUGCUCUGAAGGUGCUUGACAGAUGCUAAUCCUUGCGCUAACCAGGUUCAAAGACCUGAAACCUGGGUUGAGAGCCAGGUGGGCUGAAGCCACUGUAAAGGAGCUUCUUCUGCCCCAUGGUUUCUCAACCUUGGCACUAUUGCCAUUUGGGGCUGGACGCAUCUUUGCUCUGGGAGACUGUCUUGCACGUUGUCCUGACCUCUACUGCUAGAUGCCAGAGGCACCCUGCACUUUAUUGUGACAACCAAAAUUUCUCUAGACAUUGCCAAAUGUUCCCUAGGGACAAAAAUGCCCCCCCCCCACACACACACACAAUUGAAAACCACUGGAAUAGGGCAAUGUUUUCAAACUAGGGUGUAUCAGAAUCUCCUAGAAGGCUUGUUGAAACACAGAUUCUUGGGCACCAUCCUGAGUUUGAUUCAAUAAGUUUUGGGUGGAACCUGAUGAUUUUCAAUUCUCUAAAAAGUUUCUGGAUGACAACACUCUGAAAACCACUGGCACAGGGAUAUUCUCAACUAGUUCAGCUUAGUUCUACCUAGAACAGAGGGUGAAGUUCUGCUUUCACUCUUCCUUCCUUAAUACAAGCUGUGCAAGUCCCUACUUUCCUACAAGGCCUGGCUUGAUAAGCCUUCCUCCUCUAGCCAUAUGUUAUGGGGACCAGCACUAUAUUCAGCUCCAGGGAAUGGCUCUCAUAGCACCUGAGUCAUGUGUAGUAAUCCCAUUCUUUUUGCCAGUGGUCAGUGAAGACUAUCUGAUAAAAUUCUGGCUAACAAGAUGUGAGGUGAUGUUUUAUCUCAUUUUUCAAAGGAGGAACAAAAAAAGAGACAGCUGCAGUCUCGUACUGAGCAUUAGUUUUAGAUGUGAUGCCUGAUACUGUGGCAGACAUAUUGUGACUAUCAGGAAAACAAUCUUAGGGUAGUGCUGAUGCACCUGGGAUGGCAGUGAAGGAAGAUGGAAAGACCCUGGAUCCAUGAUAAUGGCUUCGAAGCUGUUGAAUUAGCCAACCCUGGAUUCUCUCUUAUCUGGACUUAGGUGUAAUCCACUCUGAAUUUUUGUUAUUUCUAGCAAAGUAUCCUGACUAUAGCAUGGAUAGAUACAGAUAGCAUGUGCGUAGAGCUGUGCUGUCUGAUAUCGCAGCCACUAGCCCCAUAUGGCUAUUGAAUUUCUAUUUAAGCAAAAUUAAAGCUUUGCUUUUCCUUUUGCACUAGGUACAUUGCAAGCGUUCAGUAGCCACACGUUGCUAGGGGCUACCGUAUUGCGUAGCACUGGUCUUUAUAGGUUAGGUGGAUUCUCAAUUUUUCUUCACACUCUUUUUCUAAUUGUUCCCCUCUAUAAGAUUUUAAUUCCAUAUUUAUUAUAUAUGCUCUAUGCCUGUUCCUUACACAUUGGAAAAAGUAAGACUUAUCCCCUCUCUAUUCCUCCAGAACCAAUUUUCACCUCCUUAAAGGUUGAUACUGUUCCCUGUUGCAAAUACAUGGCUAGUGUGGUAGUCAUAAGUAAGUUUAGGCAGGGAUUUUAGGUCACUGUAAAGAAUUUGGAUUUUAUUAAAAUUAGGAGACAAUCAAAGAAUUUUAAGGAUAGGAUUGGCAUGGUCAGUUUUUCCUUUAGAAAGUCACUUCAAAGGCAGAGGGGGCCAAGAUAGCUGAUUAGAAGCAGCUGCAGUGCUCAUGGAGCGGAAUGAAAGUGGCAAGUGAAUUUAGCACCUUCAACUUAAAUAUCCAGGUUCUUGCAUUGGGACUGAUUAGGAAAACAACUUGACCCACAGAGAACAAAGAAAAGGGUGGGGAGAUGACCCAAUUGGGAACAGCCUGGAGCCAAAGGAACCCCUGCUCCCAGCCAAGGGAAGUGGUGAGUGUGAGUGGUGCAACCCCACUCAUGAAACCACACUUCCCCCAUGGAUCUUUGCAACCUGCAGAUCAGGAGAUUCCCUUGUGAGCUCAUACCACCAGGAGCCUUUUAAACAUAUGAAUGUAUGCUGAUGCUUUCAUUUUGUCCUGAACUCCCUCAUCACACCCUAAAUCCAAAUCUUAAUAAGCUUCAUCAAGUUCUGCAUGCCAUGUUAUAUGCUGCCCCACCAAACUGAGUUUAACAGUGGUGCCCACAACCUUAGAAUCAUUAUCUAACUGCUAACUUCUAUUCAUUCUCAUCAAGCCUUAUUGUGUGAUGCUCUGCCCCUUACUGUAUGUCAUUCAAUCUAAAAUUCUACUAAAUGUAAAGUUCCAUAAUUUCUUGUACCACUAAGAAAUAUAAAACCUUGCCAAUUAAACUAUGACAAUACUUUUUUUAACCACUUAUAAUUUUUACUUUAAAAAUUUUAAAGGGGCCCUUUUAGACCAGGGAUUUGCAAACUAUAGCUCAUGGUCCAAAUCCAACCACCUUGGAUUUAAAUAAUGCUUAAUGAGAGGUAGCCAAGCUCACUGGUUUCCCUUUUGGCUGCUUUUGCACUACAAUGGGAGAGGCAAAUCACUGGAACAAAGAUAGGAUGGCCUUCAGAGGCAGAACUAUUUAUCUGGCCAACCCUGCUCUUGCUUCAUUUAGACACUUUUUUAAAAAAUCACACUGACCAGGCGCAAUGGCUCACACCUGUAAUCCCAGCACUUUGGGUGGCCAAGGCAGGCAGACUGCCUGAGCUCAGGAGUUCAAAACCAGCCUGGGCAACAAGGCAAAACCCUGUCUUUGCUAAAAAUACAAAAAAUUAGCUGGGUGUGGUGUCAGUGCCUGUAGUCCCAGCUACUCGGGAGGAGAGGCAGGACAAUCACUUGAACCCAGGAGGCGGAGGUUGCAGUGAGCCGAGAUUGCACCACCGCACUCCAGCCUGGAUGACAGAGCAAGACUCUGUCUCAAAAAUAAUAAAUAACAAUGAAAAAUAAUACUUAUUUUCACACAAGAUUGUUAUAAAUGAAAUAAACUGGUCAUUUCUUUACAAUGAAUAUGCAAGAAAACAUGGAUUUGUGGUCAUUUCUCUAAAAACAAAUAUGGGCUCCACUAAAGUCUAAUUUUGGCCCUGCUGAUUUGUUUUCUGUACCCUUUUCACUGCCAAAUCAUCAUGUCAUCUUUUUGAAAAUAUUUUAAAUAGGAUCAGCAAUAAAGACUGGCCUUCUCAUUUGGGAUCACUGCUAGGGCUGAAGUUGUCUGACAGUUCUGUAGGUUAGAAAAAAAUUUUUUUCCUAUACCCUUCGUAGUUUUUAGGUGCCCUCCCCCACCAUAAUGGAAAACAGAUUAACGAGAGAAAAGCUGACAAUUGUUAACAUGUGUACAUACCCAGACCCAGAAGAUACCCAGGGAAAAAUGAGUGACUCUCAUAGAGGUGGCUUAAAAUUCAGGCUUUAACACCUGUGACCUUCAUCUCAAAGGAAAUUGAGGGAGGCAAGUUAUGGAGAGGUGACCAGGAAAAGCACAGUAAACACAAGUAAGGUUUAUUAUGCAAAUUUAAAAAUCAGUCCCUUCUCUAUUGAUGAGCAUCUUUAUUGAUUUAAUGGACAGUUCAGUGGCAUUAAGUAUAUUCAUGUUGUUGGCUACCAUCACCACCAUCCAUCUCCAGAACUUUUUAUCUUUUCAAACUGAAACUUUGUAACAAUUGAACAAUAACUCCCCAUUCCCCUUCUCCUCCCAUCCCCUGGCAGCCACCAUUCUGUCUCUAUAGAUUUAUUCUGGACAUUUCAUAUAAAUGGAACCAGAUAAUAUGUGAUCUUUAAUGUCUGGCUUAUUGCACGUAACAAUGUUUUCAAGGUUCAUCCAUGUCGUGGCAUAUGUCAGAAUUCUUUUUCAGGAUGAAUCAUAUUCUAUCGAAUGUACGUGCACCACAUUCUGUUUAUCCAUUUGUCUGUCCAUUUGGGUUGCUUCCACCUUUUGGCUAUUGUGAGUAAUGCUGCUAUAAAUAUGUUAGGUUUUUAAGGCAAAGUAAUGGCUGAGGGUUACAUUCUGCUAGCAGAUCAUCUUUUACAAACAGGCUCGAGCCCUAGGAAGACAGUGUUCCCCUGCCUUCUUGGAGGCCAAUUUUCACAGAGCUCUCAAAAUUCAAAGAGCGUGGUUAAACCUUUUCCCCAGAAUACUAAGGCUCGUGGCUCUAUACUUACAUAAGUGUUAAUCAUUUAGUGGUUCUUGGCACAGCAAGAAGGAACUAUUCUGCUUUAAGGUGACUUUCUGUCCUUACUUACAUAUCAAACAGCUGACAGCCUAGCUAGGCAACAUGGCGAGACCCCAUCUCUACAAAAAAGUACAAAAAAAUUAGCAGGGCAUGAUGGCAUGCACCUGUAGUCCCAGCUACUUGGGGACUGAGGUGGGAGGAUGGCUUGAGCCCAGGAGGUCGAGGCUGCAGUGAGCUGAAGUCAUGCCACUGCACUCUAGCCUGGGUGACAAAGUGAGCCCCUGUCUUAAAAACAAAAAAGCUGGAUCCCUCUUUCAAUAAGGAAGACAGGGAAAACCACUAAUUUUUGAAGGGACACUCCUUAAUUAGGGCAUUUUACAAAACACAUAACAUUAUUUAAGACUGAUUAGAAUGGGUUAGAGUAGGAGUUACAUGAGGAGUUAAGAAAAGCCACUCAUGGCCAAGCUGCCAACUGCAGUCAGUUGAACUUUCACGCCUUCCGUGUUCACAGUGACCUGGGAUGUUCUUCCCGCAGGCUCACAGGUGGUCCCCAGGUCUGCCACGUGUCCUAGGCAAGACGCAUGAGGAAAGUAGGACACAUAUUCCAAAAUAAGAGUUAUUAGUUUUUUUUUUUAUUGUUGAUACUUUAUUUUCUUUGAAGUAGCUUUUACUCUUGGAGCAAAUACCAGUCUGGUUCCCCAGGGACUUCACUCUGCUUCAGAGUUUUCUCUCGAAUCCUCAGUUCUAGGCAUUCCACAGUAAGUGAGUAGGUCUCCAACUCCAACUUGUUAGCGAACAUGCUAGAGGAUUCAUAGAGCCACUUUAAAUCCCCAGGGCCAUAGACGCACAUAUCUCGCCUAUAGUGGCCUGUAAGUAAACAAGAAGACAUCAAGGGAAACAAAGUAAAACAAUCGCCAAAACUAAGACAUCUUGCAUCCUGAAGAGAGAAAGCAUUCUGGAUUUGUUCACCUCUGAGAUGAGUGUUUACUGUGUAAGAUACGCUGCUUCAUUUGCAAAUGAUUCUGUCAACUGCAUUUAUUUGCAAAAGCAGCAAGGAUGAGUCUGAAAUAGAAUUUUGUGGGCGAAUGCAAGUUUCAAGCUGAAAAGUUGUAGGAAUAUGUAGCACUAAUUCAUUCAAUAAAUAAGACAAUGGCUAUUCCUACUACCAGGUGACACUUCCUGGUGUCAUCUUGAUUUGCAAGAUGAAUCAGGCAUCUGAUCACAUCUGGAGAGGCAUAUGUAAGGAAGAGAGAAUUUCCCUAAAUAAUAAAGUACAGAAUAAAACAUGUUAUAUGCCCCAGAAACCCAUGGAGGACUGCGGAACUUAGGUCAAGAAGUAGAAAUAAAGGCCUACAUGAGGUAGUACGUUCUCUUUUUUGAGACAGUCUUGCCCUGUCACCUAGGCUGGAGUGCAGUGGUGUGAUCUCUGCUCACCACAACCUCUGCCUCCUAGGUUCAAGCAAUUAUCCUGUCUCAGCCACCAGAGUAGCUGGAGUUACAGGUGCAUACUACCAUGCCUGGCUAGUUUUUGUGUUUUUAGUAGAGAUGGGGUUUUACCACCUUGGCCGGGCUGGUCUUGAACCCCUGACCUCAUGAUCCACCUGCCUCAGCCUCCCAAGUGCUGGGAUUACAGGCGUGAGCCAUCGUACCUGGCCAAGGCAGUAAGUAGUUUUUUAAAAAUUGUCUCAAAUUGUACUUUAGUUUCCGAAGCAUCUUUGUGUAACCAGUAAGUGAGAAUUUGGAUGACUAAGUACACAGUCUUAUACAGAAGACAGUACUAUCGUGCUGUGUGUGGUUGCAAGUUUAGGAUGUGAAGUAUCUCCUUUUUCUUAAUAACUCUAGUCAGUACAUCCUUCCCAAAAACUCCUUCUCACUCCCUAUCGCCCCUUCUCACUGACUGUCUCCUCUGUCCAACUCCAAGCUGGAACUAGAAGCCACACACUUCUCCCUCCCUCUCACAAUGCCUCACCUUCACAGAAACCUGGGCUGCUUCAGAAACCCUGCUGGGAAGGCUGAUCUCAAAAUGCCCCACCCUCUUCUUUUUCUUGUUUUAUCUUAUUGCUCCAUUAGCUGCUAUCCUACCCCUGGGGGGAAGCUGAUACCCAAAGGGUUCACAGGGUGUAACCACACAAUGGUGAUGGGGGAUGGUUCAGGGUUGGCAGGCACAGGAUAGAAGAGGGACACUAUGUUCUUGGGUUUCGAAAGGACCCUGUACCUGGAUGGUAGGGUAAAGUUUUAAGCCUUGCAUGGUGUGGUUAGAGGCAUGGCUUUAGAAGAUCACUGACUUUGUCAGCAGUGUAAAGGAAGGAUUUAAAGGAUGAAGAUGACUUCUACUGACAGGCAAAUGGUGAAUUCAUGUGCACAACAGGAAAGGGCAAGGGACAUCAAUUGUAGGAAGGGGCUGGGUAAGCUGAACUGGAGAAAGGGAGAAAGGUAGCAAGGCAUAGGAGGUUUUUUUUUUUUUUUGAGAUGGAGUCUCGCUUUUGUUGCCCAGGCUGGAGUGUAAUGGCAUGAUCUCAGCUCACUGCAAGCUCUGCCUUCCGGAUUCAAGUGAUUCUCCUUCCUCAGCCUCCCAAGUAGCUGGGAUUACAGGCAUGCACCACAUGCCUGGCUAAUUUUGUAUUUUUAGUAGAGAUGGGGUUUCUCCAUGUUGGUCAGGCUGGUUUCAAACUCCCAACUUCAAGUGAUCCACGCCUGGUGGCAUUACUUCAUUUUUAAGACUUUGCUUAGAGUUCUUUGCCGACUCUUUGACAAUGUUGAUGUCGUGGAAGACAAAGAAAAACAAAGCAAUCAUUUUAGGUUAAACAAAACUUGGGAGACAGAAUAACUGAAUAUGACCCAUGAUCUGGGACUUGGUUUUCAUUUCUGUAAAGCACAGCGUUGGGAGAAAUGUGAAUUUGAAUAAGAUCUACAGGUUAGACAUCUCACUGUCAGUUUCCUGGUUUUUAUAAUUCUUUUUUUUUUUUUGAGAUGGAGUUUCUCUCUUGUUACCCAGGCUGGAGUGCAAUGGCAUGAUUUCGGCUCACCGCAACCUCUGCCUCCUACGUUCAGGCAAUUCUCCUGCCUCGGCCUCCUGAGUAGCUGGGAUUACAGGCACACACCACCAUGCCCAGCUAAUUUUUCUGUAUUUUUAGUAGAGACAGUUUCACCAUGUUGACCAGGAUGGUCUUGAUCUCUUGACCUCGUGAUCCACCUGCCUUGGCCUCCCAAAGUGCUGGGAUUACAGGCGUGAGCCACCACGCCCAACUGAUUUUUAUAAUUCUAUGGAGACUGUGUGAGAGAAGACCUUCUUCUAAGAAUGCACACUAAAGUAUUUAGGGGUGAGGGACAUUAUGACUGCAACUUAUAUCAAAGAAUAUACUGUAUAUACGUAAGAUAGAAAUAGAUAUAAAGAUAGAAUGAUAAAGCAAAUGUAUUAAAAUGUUAACAGUUGGAGAAUCUGUAUGAACACUAUAUGAGAAUUUCUGUGCAAUUCUUACGAUUUUUCUUUCAGUCUGAAAUUAUAUCAAAAUAAAAAUAGGCAAGAGGAGUGCAUUGUCCAGUCCUGUGGCUCUUGUGCUAAACUUUCUGCAACCCUAUUAAGUUCCUGGAGCCCAUGUCUGGACACUGAAUUAAAACGAUGAGUGGGGUCAGGCACGACGGCUGAUGCCUGUUAUCCCAGCACUUUGGGAGGCUGACGAGGGCCUCCUAAAAACACAAAAAAUUAGCCAGGUAUGCCCAGCAUGGUCGCUCACACCUGUAAUCUUAGCACUCUGGGAAGCAGAGAUGGGUGGAUCACCUGAGGUCAGGAGUUUCCAGCCUGGCCAAUAUGGUGAAACCCCAUCUCUACUAAAAAUAUAAACAUUAGCCAUGCAUGGUGGCAGGCGCCUGUAAUCCCAGCUACUCAGAGGCUGAGGCAGGAGAAUCGCUUGAACCUGGGGCUGGUGGGGAGUUGGUGGAGGUUGCAGUGAGCCAAGAUCGCGCCAUUGCACUCCAGCCUGGGUAACGAGAGCGAAACUCCGUCUCAAAAAUAAAUACAUACAUACAUACAUACAUACAUAAAAAAUAAAAAUAUAAAACAAAACCAAAAAAAUUAGCCAGGAGUGUUGGUGCGUGACUGUAAUCCUAGCUACUCAGGAGGCUGUGGCAGGAGAAUCACUUGAACCCAGCAGGCGGAGUUUGUAGUGAGCCAAGAUGGUGCCCCUACUCCAGCCUGGGAGACAGAGUAAGAUUCUGUCUCAAAUAAAUACAUAAAUAAAGUGAUGAGUGAAGGAGUUCUGAGAACUUGUGAUUUCUACAUGUUGGAAUUCUGCUUAUGAGGGUAGUGUGGAAUUAUGUACGUUACAAGAUAUUUGCAGAAAAGCCUUUUUUCUUCUCAUGCAUAGUAUGACCUGAAACUAAAAGGAACUGUAUAUAUAUAUUCAUCCAAGCUUCUACCAGAUUCAUUAUAUGCUAUCCUGGGACAGAUGAAUCCAAGCUCUUGUCUACUUCUGGAUAUGGGAACAUAACCCCCUCUCACAGCCUGUUCUAUUACUGAUUAUUUCUGACCACUAGAACAUUCCUUGACCUACUAAGUGAAAACUUUCUUUCCUGAAGCCUCUACCUGCUGAUCCUGGUCCUGUUUUCUGGGUAAUGGAGCCUCCACCUGCCAAUCCUGGUCCUAUUGCCUCUUCAGGGCUGAUAUGGGACCCCUAAUGAAUUUGGUCAUUUCAAAAAACUGUACAUAUUUAUGGGGUACAGUGUGAUAUUCUGAAAUAUGUAUAUCCUGUGGAAUAAUUAAAUCAAGCUAAUUACCAUA